CGAGAAGGGGGGCGGAUGCUUCCGGCGCCGCCUUCACCCCCAGGUCGGAGGAUAAAUUUCAAGCCCAGUUCCCUGAAGUCUCUCAACUCAGAGUGUCGUAACUGGCACCAUGCCUAUGAUUCUGGGUUACUGGGACAUCCGCGGGCUGGGUCACGCCAUCCGCCUGCUCCUGGAGUACACAGACUCAGUCUAUGAGGAGAAAACUUACAGGAUGGGGGACGCUCCUGACUAUGACAGAAGCCAGUGGCUGAACGAAAAAUUCAAGCUGGGCCUGGACUUCCCCAAUCUGCCCUACCUAAUUGAUGGGGCUCACAGGCUCACCCAGAGCAACGCUAUCCUUCGCUACAUUGCUCGCAAGCACAACAUGUGUGGGGAGACAGAGGAGGAGAAGAUUCGUGUGGACAUAUUGGAGAACCAGGCUAUGGAUGUGCGCUUGAGUUUGGGCGAGCUCUGCUACCACCCUGACUUUGAGAAGCUUAAGCCAGGUUUCUUGAAAGAGAUCCCUGAAAAGAUGAAGCUCUUCUCAGAGUUUCUGGGGAAGAGGACUUGGUUUGCAGGAGACAAGCUCACCUUUGUGGAUUUCUUGGCUUAUGACACUCUUGACUGGCACCGCAUAUUUGAGCCCAAGUGCCUGGAUGAAUUCCCAAACCUGAAAGACUUCAUGAGCCGCUUUGAGGGGCUGAAGAAGAUCUCUGCCUACAUGAAGUCCAGCCGCUUCCUCCCAAACCCUAUGUUUCUAAAGACUGCUGUGUGGGGCAACAAGUAGUGCCCUGGAAGAGCAGGAGCCGGAGUGCAGAGCCAGUGCUGUGCUUGCGGCGCCAGGGCCCUGGAGAACAGCUGGACUCCCUGCACCCCCACCACCAGGUGUCUUUUUCUUUCUCCUUCUAUUCACUCUAGAUGCCUUUUUGGCCCCCUUAUGUCCCUCCCAAUUCCUUUCCAUCCAUCCUUUAAAGCUUCAGCUCCCAACUUUUCUUCAGCAAAUUCCUCUCCUCCUCACGUUAUCCCUCCUGCACUAAAGCCAACCUGUGCUCCUCCCCUUCCACGGUGGUUUCUGGUAUGAGAAGCCCAAGCAGACCCCAGGCCCAUGGAGCCCUGCUCUCAGCUCCCGGCACUGCCCUGAAGACCAGUAGUGGCCUGUGUGCAGGGCCUGCUUCCCAGUGUGGUUCCUGCCCAGCCCUGUCUGGCCCCAGUAAAGCCUUACCCAUA